AUGAUCAACCGCGGUGGAACCAAUUACUACAACAUUCAAGUACAAAUUGGUAGGCAAACAUUUGCCACAGCUCUCAUCCCAGCAGCGGUUGAAUUAGGCACACGAAAAAUUCGUAAUGCCCUCGUACAAAGUCUGAUGAGUGGUAAUCAAGCUGUUGUAACUGCAGGUGAUAAAGGUCAUCGCAGUUGGUGGGUCGCAUUAAUAAGUGCUGCUGGAAUCGCCGCACUACUUGCUGCGUAA